AUGAGGACUCUUGCCUUCCUCACUGCCCUUCUACUCUUGGCCCUCCAGGCCCAGACUCAGAACCUGGAGAAGGCAGAUGACCAAGUUUCUGCCCAGGACCAGCCUGGGGCCGAGGUCCAGGACAUGACUAUCUCCUUUGCAGGGGAUAAACGCUCUGCUCGAGGAGCUUCAAAAGGGAUUACAGGAACAGCUACCUGCACCUGCCGGCACUCCAAUAGCUGCCUUAGCCAUGAGCGUGGCUCUGGGAUGUGUAUAAGCAAAAAAGGCAAGGCAUACAAGCUCUGCUGUCUUCGCUGAGCUUGAGGAUUGAGACCCCAAGCAGCAUAAGAUUCCAUUUGAAGACCUGGAAAGCGUUUUACUCUUUGUAGCUUCUACCUUUUUUUAUUUCUCUCUCCUAAAUAAACUUUAAGCA